AUGCCACCACCCACAGAAGAAAUGUGGAAAAAUGUUGCAGCAAAAUACAAAAAAAAAAUGUGGCAUUUUCCAAAUUGCAUCGGUGCUUUUGAUGUCAAGCAUAUUAAAAUCCAAUACCCCAUUAAUGCCGGAUCUACUUAUUAUAACUAUAAAGGUAGUCAUUCAGUUGUACUUUUAGCACUUGUUGAUGCAGACUAUAAGUUUAUUGCAAUUGAUGUCAGCUCAUAUGGACGAAACAGUGCUGGUGGAAUUUUUUCUCAGUCAGUAAUUGGUCAAAAGUUGAAUAAUAAGACACUCAAUGUUCCAGAGCCAACCCCUUUGACAGAAAACGGAGAUCCUCAGCCUUAUGUCAUUGUUGGAGACGAAGCAUUUCCAUUAAAGAGUUAUUCGCUUCGCCCAUACAGUAGAAUACAGGGGAUAAUGAGCCCAAUAAAAUAUUCAACUAUCGAUUGUCACGAGCAAGACGCGUUGUCGAGAACGCUUUUGGAAUAUUGGCCGCUCGUUGGAGGUGUUUCCGUGGGCACUUAG